AUGUCGUGGCUACCACUUCAGCCUACAAGCCUGUUCUCUUUGGCCAACAUACCAUUUGGCAUUUUCUCAACUCCAAACAACAGUACUUGUCGCCCAGGUAUUGCUAUCGGUGACUAUGUCCUGGAUCCUCAAUCGUUUGCUAAUGGCGGUGGCUUCUGUGCAUCUGUUGAUAUUCAGCAACAUGUCGCCGUGUUCUCCGCCAAGACAUUGAAUCCUUUUGCCAUUCUGGGCCGCAAGUUCCAACGAACCGUUCGAGAAUAUCUGCAGUCCAUUCUUAGUAUCGACACCAAGAACCCCGAAAUCCUAAGAGAUAACUUUGUGCUUAGGAAGGAUGCAAUUAUUUCCUUGUUCGAUGUGCAAAUGCACAGACCUCUGGAUAUCGGGGACUACACAGAUUUCUAUGCUGGAAUACACCAUGCCUCCAAUGUAGGAAAGAUUCUCCGCGGGCCGGCCAACGCGCUACAGCCCAAUUAUACCCAUAUGCCGAUUGCUUAUCACGGUCGAGCAAGCAGUGUAGUAAUAUCUGGAACAGCGAUCCGUCGCCCAUGGGGUCAGAUUGUGCCCAAUCUCAAGGCAGAGACAAAAGUCCCUAUCCUGGGACCAAGCGAGAAGCUGGACUUUGAACUUGAACUAGGCUUGUUUAUCUGCCAGGAAAACACGAUGGGCGAGCCAAUUUCUAUAUCUGAAGCUGAAAAAUAUGUGUUUGGCUAUGUUCUUAUAAAUGACUGGAGCGCGAGAGAUCUCCAGUCUUGGGAAUACGUCCCUCUCGGACCAUUCGGUGCCAAGAACUUUGGAACGAGUAUCAGCGCAUGGGUAGUUCUGGCCGAUGCAAUCGAGACUACUAAGGGCUCUGGUAUUCAAAAUAGCAGUCAACUUCUGCCUUAUCUUUCUGAGAAUAGUCUAAACAGCAUCCCACAGAUUGAACUUGAAGUUGAAAUUACCACUGCGAAAGGACACUCAACGACGAUAACGCGAACCAACUCAAAGAACCUUUUGUGGUCUUGGCCCCAAAUUAUUGCACACCACACCAUCACCGGCUGUAACUUGCGACCGGGAGACCUGCUUGGUUCUGGUACAAUCUCCGGUGCGGAGCCAGGUCCAGAAGGCAGUAUGAUGGAGCAAACGCAAAAUGGCAAAGUCCCUAUUCAGCUUGAUGGGGGGGAAGAGCGCACUGUUCUCUUGGACGGUGAUACGAUAACCUUACGUGGGUGGGCAGGAUGA